UCCGUCUCCCUCUCCCUCUCCCUCCUCACCUUCACCUUCACCUUCACCUUCACUUUCACUUUUCACAUCGUCAAGUUAAGAAGCGAAGAUACAACGGAAGCGGCAGUAAUACACGACGACACCUUCUGCUGUUUGCCGCCGCGGCCUGCCUAUUGGACCGAGCUAUGCUUCACAAGAGCUUCAAACCGGCGAAAUGGUGAGCUCUUGCUUUGCAAGACGGCAUUGAAGAUGGCGUCAUCCCGCAUCAAGCUGCUGAGGAACAAGAGAGAAGUGCAGUUGAAGCAGUUGAAGAGAGAAGUUGCUCAAUUGCUCGCUGUCGGCCACGAUCGGACUGCCAGGAUCAGGGUGGAACACGUAGUCAGGGAAGAGAAGACAGUGGCAGCAUAUGAUCUUAUUGAGAUUUACUGUGAACUGAUUGUUGCCCGUUUGUCCAUGAUUGACUCACAAAAGUAUGUAUGCUUUUCUGUGUAAUCUCUGGAAGCUAGUUAGUGUAUACUGUUUUGGGGAAUAUAGUACGAAUGCUGGACCCUUUUAUUCCAUGUCUUGUGUAUACUUAAACACUCGAGAGACUGUGAUGUAGAAGGUUUGAUUUGUAGUCUGCUGCGCUUGUGAUCUAUGGUCCAAAUACUCUGCCCCAUUGACUUGAAGGAAGCAGUCUCUAGUGUAGUUUUUGCAUCCCCUAGAUGUGCAGACUUGCCGGAACUGGCGGAUGUGAAAAAGCAUUUUACAGCGAAGUAUGGAAAGGAAUUUGUUUCUGCUGCUGUUGAACUACGUCCAAACUGUGGGGUUAGCCGCUUACUCGUGGAAAAACUGUCUGCAAAAGCAUCUGAUGGCCCUGAAAAGAUGAAAAUCUUGAGUGCAAUUGCUCUGGAACACAAUGUUAAGUGGGAUCCGAAAUCAUUUGAGGGUGAUAUCAAGCCUCCCGAGGACUUGCUGAACGGACCUGGUACAUUUCAAUCGCCCUAUACAAUGCAUGCCCAAAAUCAUGACGUAGACCCACCUCAGAAUUUCAACAGCAGCCAUGCUUCUGCUCAUGGAAAGCAUGAUGGAAGCAUGAACUCAUAUGCUCCUAGUUCCCAACCUUCUUCUCAUUUGCAAUCACCUAGGCCUGAUGAUUUCGGUUCAAGUAAGGCAAUGUCAUCAGCUUUCUCUCACCCAGAGCAGAGGACUUCUCCAGGUACAGGACCUGAAGGUGUGGAAUAUAGACAUUCACAUGACAGGUCAGGAGGAAAUUUUUCUUCUGGGAGCCACCAGCAAUGGAAUACAGAGUUCAAGGAUGCCACGACUGCUGCACAGGCAGCUGCUGAAUCUGCAGAACGAGCAAGCAUGGCUGCUAGAGCCGCUGCUGAACUCUCAAGUCGUGAUAACAUGAACAGGCGUCAGUCAAGAGAAGAAUCACAUUUUGCUUCUGGGUUUUCACACAGAGAUGAUGUAGGGCAGCGUCUUACUACUGGCUCUAGGUUUCUAGAUGAGAGACCUUCCAAGGAACCGAUGAAGAAUACAUCCAAAAGUAACUCUCGAGUGAACUAUGAACAGCAGACUGAUGAUACUGAAGAAGAUAUCCUAGCUGCUUUGAAUGAAAGGUUUUACAAUCUGAAGGGCCGGUUGGCUGCUACCUCAGAUUCCAAUGGUCCUCCUGAGAUUGUUUCUUCUCCAUCUAUGAGUAACCACGAUACAGUAGAGAGGCAUUCCCGAACAAGCUCAUUUGAAUCGGACAAGAGCGACAUUUCAAGUGAUAAAAAUAUGGGAAGAGCGCCCAGUGAUCAUGAGAUGGACAUUAUUGGUGGUAACAUGCAUGGUGUGAUAAAACAUGAAGCUUUUGAUUGUUUCGAGGAAUCAAGUGUCCCACACCAGUUUAGUGGUCUUCGUAACCAUCCCCAUUCAAAGAUUCCUAGUUUCGAUGAGAAUUCGACCUCAACAUGGGACCGUCAUAAGUCAAGUGAUGAUGCUACUUCUGUGGAUCUUUUUGUCAUUGGACAAGCAAGAAACCGAGUAAAUGCCAAAGAAACAUGUUCGUAUGAUGUUGCCGCUGCAGUAUUUGAUGAUCAUGGUUCUGAUGAUGGCGAGGCAUAUAAUUUGCAUGUUGAGGAUGAACUUAAGGACCAACAAUCCAGUAUGGGCUCUCAUUUUCCUUCACGGACAAAUGCAUGGUGCCCUGGGAAGAAGAGCAUUUACGAGUCUCCAAGGAAGUCAAAUUCUUCAUCUCUCUUUACCAUUGAGAGAAACCAUAGCUCUAUUGCUUCAGAAGGUUUAAUUAGCAAUGCAGUUCCUUCGCAGCAGGACGCUUUGUUACCAGUGACUUUUGAUGACUCGGAUGGACCAAGUUCUGAAAAUGAAGAUGGUGGUAGUACUUCUUCUCAUGUCCAAUCCAAAAAUCUGCACUAUCAUGACCUCAAUGAGAGUUUUUCCUUGAAGGGAUCUUCAUCGUUAGCCGAAAACGAAAACUUAGGGUACAAUAAUAGACAGAGUUCCCUGCGUCCAUCUUCAGCCGACUCCCAUGAAGGACAAAUGCAGCAUCAGAAUAUCCAGGGAGUUGGAGUUGGUGGUAUAAAAGCUGAUGAUGGGCAGUAUGGUGAUCCCAAUCGUCCUUCUAUCAGCUUGGCACAAUCUAGAUCCAAUUCAAGUGAUGUGGAUGAGAAGUUUCAAACACCAGUACUUCUGCCUGCUGGAGAUAGUGAUGGUGAUGAUGAAAAUGGAUCUGGUUCUGCAAGUGGUAAGGAGUUGAACUUUGGAUUCCUGGCAGGGGGGAUUCGAAACAAAGGCUAUAAACUCCCACCUUAUCUUAAAAAUCCUGCUACUCAAAAUCCUUCACCAUCCAAACAAGCUGUUGAAGAAGUUACUUCUACAAGAAAUAUUCAAGACACAUCCAGCCAGGUACCUCCCCAAGAAGCAAGUAGAAGAAGAACUAGCUUAAGAAAUCCAGCUAGAUCAUAUAAUUUCAGUGACGGUGAUUCAGUCAAGGAUCGACCUUCGCAACAGAAAUUCGACGGUAGUGAAGAAGGCCAACAUAAUAACCAUAACUCAGGAGGAGUUGAAGUAAACAAAGUAUCAGGGUCUCGUAGAACCUUCUUCGAUUCAGAUGACAGUGAAGCCGAAAGGGAACUUCCUGAACAGAAAUCAGCCGCAGGGAAAUCUGUUGCAGGUCAGGCAUUUUCCAGGCGCACUAAGGAUGCUGCUGUUGCUUCUGAUGAUAGGAGUUCCCAUCCAAAAACCAAGAGCUCAUCACAAUCUCCAGGAAAUGUUGACUACGCUGCCCCCACUCGUCAAAGUCCUCCAACAUCCAAGUCAAAGCCCUCGACGUUCCAGUUGAGUUCAGAACCCACAGUAUCCUCUGAAAAGAACAGUGUUAGACCAUCUGCUACAAAACAACCGUCAAUUCCUGCUGCUCUGAAAACGGAAUCUCCAGGCAACAACUACAGCGCAAAGACUUCUGGUGCAGCUGGGGAUCCCUCGUCCGUAAAAGAUCCUGUCAACAGAGCCAGUCACGUCCACCCUAAACUACCCGACUACGACACUUUUGCAGCACACCUACGGUCUCUUCGCCAGGAUCGCCAGUAAAAACUUACAUGCCAAGUUUUUCUUUAUUUAUUUAUACCGCACAUAAAAGGUUCCUCUCUUCCCACACUUAUUUCUUUCCAUUGUUUGAUUGUUUCAUAGAUGACUGAUACAGAUAAACCGGGCAAUUUCAUGGCCUUACAUGUCGCUGUAAAUUCCAGUGUAAUUUAAUUUUACAGGACGUUUUUGUUAGUUUAUAAAGCGAGCCAUAUUCAUAUGUAGUGGACAGAUGUCUGGAGAAUGGAGAUGAUGGAAUAUAUUAAAGUCACUUCUGAUGGUUACCUUUCCGUCGAUUUGGGGCUAACUGCCUGCCAAUUUGUACGCAAGAAAAAACCUGCGAUGUAUAUGAACCUAGAAAAGGGCGGAUCUGCCUUUUGCC